UGUUUUGUGAAGAGCGUUGUGCGCUCUCUCGUGGAUUUUCUUGGACAUUGUGUUCAGUUUCAACAGGAAAGCACAGCGUUCAGAGCAUAUAUGGGGGGUUGUUGCAUGCAGUGUCUAUUUGCCUGGCACCUGUUGCUGGCUUAUUAUUUUCAGCGCUGGUCUACUGAGGAUUUAACAACAGCAUCGUUCACCUCAUAUCAGGACCAUGUCGGAGGAGCAAACUGAUUCUAACUCCAGUCGGUAUUAUUUUGACAAUACUUCAACUAGAGUCCAGAGCAGCUUCGUGUUUUCAGGACCCAUAUUUGUCAUUUUGAUGGUGAUGAUGGUGACUUUGGUUGUUGUGAUAGUUUUGGGUAACGCACUGGUCAUUUUGGCCUUUAAAGUGGACAAGAGUUUGAGAAGACAAUGCAAUUACUACUUCCUGAAUUUGGCAAUAUCAGAUUUUCUCGUUGGGGCAUUCUGCAUCCCAGUCUACAUCCCUUACAUCCUCACAGGCAGGUGGACGCUGGGCCGAGGACUGUGUAAACUGUGGCUGGUCAUGGACUACCUGCUUUGUUCUGCGUCUGUCUUCAACAUUGUCCUCAUCAGCUACGACCGCUUCCUGUCAGUCACCAGAGCAGUAAGUUACCGUGCCAGACAGAGCAUGACUCAUCAAGCCAUAAUCAAGAUGAUUGCUGUCUGGGUGCUAGCCUUUGUCCUGUACGGGCCAGCUAUCAUAUUCUGGGAGCUGGUGAUGGGCAGAAGCCGCGUGCCAAAGGAUGAGUGCUUUGCGGAGUUCUAUUACUCUUGGUACUUCCUGCUGAGUGCCUCUAUGCUGGAGUUUUUCUCUCCUUUCAUCUCGGUGGCUUUCUUCAACCUCAGCAUUUACCUCAGCAUACGCAGGAGGAGGCUCCACAGCAGGGAGGCCCAGCUCCACCUUCAACUGAGCAAACCUGCUUCUGCCCAGGGGGAAAGUGUCCCCUUGUCCCACAACUGGGGGUUUGGGAUGAAACUGGCUGUAAGAGGCUCUAUCCACUCCCAGACCUCCUCUCCCAGUUUGGGUAAACUAGAUCCCUCAACCAGCAGGGCUGCUCAGCCUAGCCGUCUGUCCAGGGAUAAGAAAAUUGCUAAGUCCCUGGCCAUCAUAGUGUGUGUGUUUGCCAUCUGCUGGGCACCGUACACCCUACUGAUGAUCAUUCGCGCUGCCUGCAGAGGGCGGUGCAUCCCGCAUCACUGGUACGAGAUCACCUUCUGGCUCCUGUGGCUCAACUCUGCUAUUAACCCAUUCCUGUACCCGCUUUGCCACAGUAGCUUCCGCAGGGCCUUUAGCAAGAUUCUCUGCCCAAGGCGGCAUACUACUCCCCCAUCAUCUGUCCUUCGUGCUGGCCAGUGACAAGCGGAUACCCAUGCCUGAAUGGGGAUGAACAAUGUGCCAAAACUAUGGAUGGAAGCAUUCAAAAUCUAAGCCCAUAAAUUCCACAGUUUCAGCUGUUGAAGCUAAACUGUGCAUCACAGUUUGUCAUAUAGACCAUAAUUAAUAGUUUUCAAUUGUGCAUUUUAGUGUUUGGAUGUAUAAGGUUGGUACUGUCCAGUAUAAUGUAAUUUACUGUCAAUCAGUUCACUGUGUUCACAUGUAGAGUAUGUAUUAAACUUUCAUCAUAGGCAUGAAAAUUAUUCUCCUGUCUCUAGGUUAUUGGGUAAGACAAAAAAAACAACAACAGAAAAGGGUGAAAGAGAACACUCUCUUCAGACCUGUUGAUAAAUACCAUUCAGACAAUAUAACAACCAGAUCUGCCAGCUGUGGCUUAUGUACUGUAUGUGUCUGUAGAAAUAAGGUCCAGAAAUGAAUUUUCCUUGAUUAACUGCCACAUUCUUUGACACAUUUAUUGUCCACUUAUAAAAUCUAGUUAUGUUUCAUUUUCUACAGUAUAUCAUCACAUAACCCACAUAUUUAUCUUGAAUGAGCGCCAUUCAUUCAUCAGUUAUGUUGUCUUGUUCUUUAUAUUAUGCAGCUUGUAUCUUGAAUUUACAUAUAUUAUAUUGAGGAUUUAUGUUGAUAAAAAGAUAAGUAUUGCCCUCACUGUGACAUUCCUUGCUUCAGCUGAAGUAAAACAGAUCACUAUCGCCCUCUGCUGUUAGAAAGUUUACUACUAUUAAUUUUGCAGUAGCACAGUGAGAAAGUACCAUUAGUGUAAAUGUAUGUAAAAUGAAAUGUGUUAUUAAAGCCUAACAUUUUAUUUUCUCUCUUUAUGGGCCACAUUGUUAUACAACAAAUUAGUAAUGGAUUACAGUUCUCCACACACUGAGUUCAUUUUCUGCACAUUCAUCACCCCAUGUUAUAAAAUAAAUGACUUCUUUACUGCACUGUAGAAAAACAACACAAACAAAAGGAAACAUUCAUUUUUAUUUUUAACUGUUUACGUUAUUCGGGAUUAUUGCCACUAAACCACUCCACAGCAAUACCACCAUCACUGCCUUAUUUUAUUUUAUGUUUUAGUUUGUUUUACAGAAGGCAUUUGGUUUUAUGUAAGAGAGAGAAGUAAUCUGUUUACAGACAAUGCCAAAAUACCAUUUUACUGCUAUGAUCAGCAGGUGUAUGUAUACAUAUGUGCCACUAGAUGUCACCAUUAACCUUUACAGCUUCCUGUGUGUGUAGUACUUGAGCAUUAAGCUUCGAUUUGUCAUUGAGUGAAGUCAAUCUUUGAGAUUGGCCUUGGUUUACAUGAACUGUUUUUUAUUGUUUGUGUUGGAAUUGUCAGUUAAAUACAUGCUAUAUUUUUGUACCAGGACUGUGACUGAUAUAAAUUGUAAUAGAGGAAUGUAACCUAAUAAUCAUAGGUCUAUAAAAUUGGAUGGUGCUCUCGUUACAUUUUCUCACAGUGAGCCCUUUCACUGUCACAUAGUAUCACUUGUAAUUGCAAAACUUGAACAGUUACAGUAUGUCCUAUGCUUUAGCAAAUGUUUUGUAUAGUCCUUAAGUGCUGUCAUGCUAUAUA